UUGUGCGCUGGGCUCUCCUCCGCUCUUUCUCUGACAGGGGGGAUCCGUUUGCAUUCUCAUGGCGUCUUCCUUAUCCAUCUGUUAGAGAAGAUGAUGUCAACAGCUGGAAGGUCUUCCUUUCUUACUUUCUUGAAGCGUUGUUGAAUUUCAUUGUACUCGGAGCUGGUUUCAGUGUCUUUCAUCUCAGUUCUACCGUUCGUCUUGGAUUUUCGAAUCCGUCACUUGUUUUUUCACCAUUCCACGUUGAUUGGACUUCCGAUUACCGGCACUGCGUUUCCGAUCGUCAAAAGGUCCCGUUCCGUAGUCGCUGAGCAGGGAUCGACAGGAGGAUUCUGGUGAUUUUCGGUAAUUACGGAUUUACGGUCUCGUCGAGCUCCCGGUAGCUAGGAGAGUUGGAGGCGUAGGCAUUUCGGGGAUCUCGUUCCUUUCCGUCCUCUUGUGACAGUCCGGCGUUGCGCCGUGAGUGGGCUAAAUGGCGCGGCCUGUAGCUUUAGCGGUGGCGGUAAUGGCGAUGGUGGUGGCGUCGCUGGCAGCGGGAGCUGAGGGCGGGUACAUUGCUUACAAUACGACGGCUGGGAUCGUGUCCGGGAAGCUCAACGUGCAUCUGGUGCCGCACAGCCACGAUGACGUCGGGUGGCUAAAGACUAUCGAUCAGUACUUUGUCGGCACCAACAACUCGAUUCAGGGAGCGUGUGUAGAGAAUGUACUGGACUCCGUAUUUUUGGCAUUGCUAGCGGAUAAGAAUCGGAAAUUUGUCUUUGCAGAACAGGCGUUUUUCCAGCGUUGGUGGAGGAAGCAGAGCCCUAGGGUGCAGAAGAUUACGAAGGUGCUUGUUAGUGCAGGUCGACUUGAAUUCAUAAAUGGCGGUAUGUGCAUGCAUGAGGAAGCAGCUGCUCAUUAUAUUGACAUGAUCGAUCAGACAACUCUCGGCCAUCGGUUUAUUAAGGAAGAGUUCGGCCAGAUACCAAGAGUUGGUUGGCAGAUUGACCCAUUUGGGCAUUCGGCAGUGCAGGCUUACUUGCUUAGUGCAGAGGUUGGGUUUGACUCCCUUUUUUUUGCUCGAAUCGACUAUCAAGAUCGACAAAGACGGAGAGAUCACAAGAAUCUGGAGUUUGUGUGGCAGGGUUCUAAAACCUUCGGGUCAUCCUCACAAGUUUUUACUGGUGCAUUUCCUGAUGGGAAUUAUGAACCACCGCAUCAUUUCUACUUUGAAGUGAACGACCACUCUCCAACCGUUCAGGACGAUGUCUCGUUGUUUGAUUAUAACGUCCACAAGCGGGUCGAGGACUUCGUCAAGGCAGCGAUUUCACAGGCCAAUGUAACUCGCACAAAUCAUAUAAUGUGGACUAUGGGAACAGAUUUCAAGUAUCAAUAUGCAAAUACUUGGUUCAAGCAGAUGGAUAAGCUUAUUCAUUAUGUAAACAAGGAUGGACGAGUCAAUGCCCUAUAUUCAACACCAUCCAUUUAUACUGAUGCAAAACAUGCCGCACGUGAGUUAUGGCCACUAAAGACUGAUGAUUUUUUUCCGUAUGCAGACCGUGCCAAUGCGUAUUGGACUGGGUACUUCACUAGCAGGCCAGCCCUCAAGCGCUAUGUAAGAGCCAUGAGUGGCUAUUACUUGGCUGCAAGGCAACUUGAAUAUAUUCAAGGAAGAAGCAAUUCAGGACCAAAUUCAGAUUCUUUGGCUGAUGCUCUAGCAAUCAAUCAGCAUCAUGAUGCCAUUUCUGGUACCGAAAAACAGCAUGUAGCCAAUGAUUAUGCUAAACGUUUAGCAAUUGGAUACUCAGAGGCAGAGGAAGUAGUUAAUGUGGCAUUUGCCUGCAUAACAGAGGGAAAGUCAAAUACUAGUUGCAAAAAUGGGGAGAUGAAGUUUGAACAGUGCCCACACUUGAACAUAAGUUACUGUCCCCCAUCAGAACGCAAUCUGAAAAAGAAACUGGUUGUAGUUGCUUAUAAUUCACUUGGAUGGAAGAGAGUGGACGUAGUUCAGAUCCCUAUUAGCAGUGAAUCAGUAAUUGUUCGAGAUUCUGAUGGAAUGGCAAUCAAAUCACAAAUUUGGCCUCUAUCAAAUGCCUCUGUUGGCAUGAGAAACUUUCAUGUCAGGGCAUACACUGGUUUAUCCCCGAGCAAUGCACCAAGAUUUUGGCUUGCAUUUGCAGUAGCUGUGCCACCAUUGGGUUUCAGCACUUACACCAUAGAAGAUGCAAGAGGGAAGUCAUUUGAGCAAGAAGAGAAAAUAUCAACCUUGUCAACAGUAUCUCCUCAUCAAGGUACAGAUAAUAUUGAAGUUGGACAAGGGAAUUUGAAGUUGAUUUAUUCAGCAGAUGGAAAGCUUUCUCGACUGUUGAACAAGAAGAGUUUGGUGGAUGUGUCAGUGAAACAAUCAUAUAUUUCAUAUGCGGGGUUUGCUGGAACUGACAGAGAUCCACAGGCCUCUGGUGCAUAUGUAUUUCGACCAAAUGGCACAAUCUCAGCAAGUUCUGCAGGACAGAUACCAGUGACCAUAAUUCGUGGACCCAUAUUAGAGGAAGUGCAUCAAGAAUUUAGUCCUUGGAUAUAUCAGAUAACUAGGAUAUUCAAGGAAAAGGAGCAUGCUGAGGUUGAGUUCUUUAUUGGUCCCAUACCUGUGGAUGAUGGAAUCGGCAAAGAAGUUGUUACCCAGAUUGCCACUAGUAUGAUGACUGACAAGACAUUCUACACAGACUCUAAUGGGCGGGAUUUCCUCAAAAGGAUUCGGGACUUUAGAGCAGACUGGGAGCUGGAGGUGACCCAACCAAUAGCAGGAAACUACUAUCCAUUGAAUCUUGGGAUGUAUGUGAUGGAUGACAGCCUUGAAAUGUCAGUAUUAGUUGAUCGAGCAAUAGGAGGAUCAAGUGUAGUUGAUGGAGAAAUAGAAUUGAUGCUUCACAGGAGGUUGCUUCAUGAUGACUCACGGGGUGUUGGAGAGCCACUAAAUGAAACGGUUUGUGUCCUUGAAGAAUGCAAAGGAUUAGUGGUUCAAGGAAAAUUUUACCUCAACAUAAAUCAGUUGGGCCAUGGGGCCAAGUGGCGUCGUACUACGGGUCAAGAGAUAUAUUCACCAAUUCUUUUAGCAUUUGCAGAGCAGGAUGGAGAUGAACUAAGGAUUCCUGUAUCCAAAUUUUCGGUGACUGAUUCAUCUUAUAGCCUGCCUGAUAAUGUGGCAAUGAUCACACUCGAGGAACUCAAAGAUGGGAGUGUGCUGCUGCGAUUGGCACACCUAUACGAGUUGAGCGAAGACAAGGAUCUUUCUAUGAUGGCAUCGGUUGACUUGCGAAAGCUCUUCAGUAAUAAGAAGAUCAGCAAAAUUUCAGAACUGAGCUUAUCUGCCAAUCAAGAGAGAGAAGCCAUGGAGAGGAAGAGACUGGUGUGGAACGUAGAGGGCUCGCACAAUGCUGAGGCUGUGGUGAGAGGAGGACCUGUGGACCCAAUCAAGUUGGUGGUGGAGUUGGGUCCCAUGGAGAUCCGCACCUUCAUCCUGGUGUUCAAUUGAGAACUCACUAUGCUUAUGCCGUUUCCCCGCGCUCAAGAAACGUGAUAAACUUCUCGUUCUGCAUGCCUUCACCCAAUGCCCUAUGCGUUUCGCUAGUAAUCUAGGCAGCAAUAAAUUAUCAGCAGCUUCUUUUGUUCUUUUCUAUUCAGUUUCUGAAUUUCAACUCUCAUUUCAUGCAAUACAAUCUUUACUAAUCUUUCUCAA